CAGUUUUGACGUAAUUUUUACGAUCCGCUGUCUUUCUCCUCGCGGUGAAAAUAGUACGAGACCCUCAGCGAUAUCUAUAGGAGACAAGAUUAUGUGACACGAAGCUGUAGGGUGUCCUAGUGCUGGAGCAUGGCUGCCAUUCCUGGGUAACCUGAUCCCCAGGAUAUUUGAUACCAGAGGGAUGUCAAAGGUUCCUGCCCUUUAUGGAAGGGAGCUGUCCCCUUAAAAUCUCCCCACGAUUAUUUCUGAGCAGCAACAUAGGCAGGGAGAGGCUGACUAGCUGUGGGACCCCAAUGUGCAGCUGGACGAGUAUGGUCUGACCUUUAGAGCAUAUGGGUUUGGUGCCAAAGGACAGCAUGAAUAUGGCUUUCAAAUGGAUUUCUUCAAGCAAGUUGAUCCAGAGAAAAGCAUGUACAGAACCACGCCCCAGGGGGUGGAGUUUAUGUUGAUGAAGCAGGAUAAACAGUGGUGGAGCCGUCUUGUUGAGCAGGAGAAGAGACCCGGCUUCCUCAAGGUCGACUUCGACAAGUGGAGAGACGAAGGCGACUCUGAGUCCGAAGCUGAGGAAGAAAAAGCCAAACGGCUGGAAGCAUAUCGACAAGAGUCACUGAAGAAAUUUGAGGAGGAGAUGAAGGAAGAGAUGGAGAGUCGUGCAGCCAUCAAGUAUCUGAAGACCUGGUGGCUGUUUGCCUACAACUUCUUCCAGUUCAUGGGCUACUCCUUCAUCUUUGUCAGCUGUGUCAUUCGCUACAUGAUGUACCACAGAGACUCGUUCAAGGACACCUGGGAGUUUACAGGUCAGAUGAUGAUGACCUGUCAGCUGAUGGCCUUCCUGGAGUACGUCCAUGCAGAAGUGGGGCUGGUCAACUCCAAGCCCAUCUUCCCUCUCAUACAGACUCUUGGUCGCAACUUCAUCCUGUUCAUGGUGAUCUACCCUGAGGAGCUGAUGUACCCAUUGCCUGUAGUCACCUAUCUGUUCACCACGUGGAGCUGUAUAGAGGUGGCCAGGUACAUCUUCCGGUUUAGGUACCCGUUUUACAUGUUUAACCUCAUCGGCAAGGAGAACCUCCCUGCCAAGAUCUACAAGGUGAUGCAGUGGCUGCGUUACUCCAUCUGGAUCCCGUUGUAUCCGCUCGGCUUUCUGCUGGAGGCCUACUGCAUCUUCACGGCUGUGCCGUAUUACGAGCGCUCGGAGAAGUUCAGCUACCAGUACGGGAAGUACAGGCUGCACUACCCCCUGCUGAUGAAGCUCUACCUCAUGAUGCUGGCUGCAGGUGGUACUUUGCUGCUGAAGUACAUGGUACGACAAAGACGCAGAAAGGCCGCGGUGAAGCGUGGCAAGGAGAGGGAGAGGGCUGCUCAGGAAAGGGCAGCUGCUCACCAGCACAUUGACUAAGGGAACAUGAUGGGGUCCAUGUUAAGGAGCUGUAGACUUAGCAAUGGUAUUAGUAGCCUGGUAUCCACCCUAUUCUAGCAAUGUUGCUGUAGAAUAUUCUUUGUACACGAUCAUUGUAGACAAAAUCAUCGGAAGCAAAAUCGAAAAACUUUGAUUGCUUUACUGCACUUGUCCCUGUUACCCGUAAGCAUUUAUAACUUGGCUGUAUUGCUGAGUCCUGUGUUUGCGUUGUGCAUCGUCUGCCUGUACACGUAUUUCUUGUGUUGGCACAAUAGUAAUGGACAACCUCAUGCCAGUGGUAUACACACUUACAUUUUGUAUGCCACAUGUUCAGAAAGGACAUCUGUAGCAGCAUGGUUCCCAUUAAGAGACUUUAUUCAAGCCCACACUCAGCAAGGUCUGGCUUUUUCUGUGGCAGGGCUCGAAUGAGCAUAAGUACAAUGUGUUCUGGCUUUAUUGAGGUUCAUUAGGUUGGCUCUGACAGAAUAAGCUCUCUUGUCACCAUGCAAAGCCAGCUCAGGGUAUUACAUGCUGUGCCCAACAAGUUGCAUUCUCCUUCCUCUGAUCUUUACCUGUGUAACUUACUGUAAGUGCUUUCAAAGUAAGAACUGGAUCUACAUGUGGAAUAGAAUGGAUUCCAGGCUAUUUUAUUAGGAUCCCGAAGGUGAUAAUGAGACUUGCUAGUUGAAGCAAAUGUAUCAUGUAUCCACUGAUUUCGGUUUGCUUGGUCUUCAUCUGAGGAGGUGAAGAUGUUCCUUAUUAAUGAAAAUAGGCUGUAAAAUAGCCAAAAAUAGCCAAGAAUAGAUUGACAUGGCAAGGUACAUAUAUCUUGAAUUUACUACCUGUACAUGGGAUGUCAUCCUGCCAGGCUUGUACAUGUAGCUGUACACCAUUCCAAGGUGGAUAUUUGGUUUGGAUGACACGUCAAAUUCCCAUUGCAGUAUUGUACAAAGUUCUUUGUUGUAUACGUGUAUUAUGUGUGCACAUACUAACACACUAGGCCCUACAUGGUACUCCAGUGGUUAUUAGAGUCCUUAGAACUACCACGCCUUUAAGAGUUUUAAAACAUAUUGUUGCAAUGGCAAGUGCAUUGGCACCAGUACAUUUAGGUACCAGACAGCAAGGGACCACUAUUUGUUUUGUAGAUUAAUUUUUUUGGAAUAUCUGGCUCUACAACAAGUUGUUCACCUGGUCCUGCAUGUAGCAGCAGAAAAGAUAAAAGAAUUAUGUAAGCAAGUAUUUUAUUUUGUAUAGGUGACAAUCAAUAGAAAGUGACAAUGCAGUCCCUAAUGAUUUACAACCUCUAAUCUUGAGAUAUUUAGCAUUAAGACAUUGACAGUGUGAAGCCACCAUAGUAUAGACAAAUUAUGGUGUAAAUUCUACAAUGAUUGUUUAUUUGUUAAGAAAUAUGUUUGUUAAGACUUGUAUGUUCAGUGGUCCAGGUUUGUCCCUGCUUUGGUCCAACAAUCAUUGAUGAUAUUUCAGAGGUACAUGUAUUAUAUGGUGUGCAACCACUAACAUUUGUGCUAACAUUAACUCUUACUCUUCUUGUAGCUAUCUAUUUCUCUGUCCACUUAACAACACACUAAAAUAUACAACUGUGUGUAUAAG